AUGCCACGCAAGAACGGGAGCCUCACGAAGCGCCGCUCCAAACCGAGCUUGCACCUGGCUACACAGACAAACGGACAUGCGAACGGCAAGAUGAAUCACAACAUAGAAAUGCGCAGGAGGGACACGCCCUCUGCAGAGACCUCUGCUGAAAGAACUGCUCAACUCAUGUCAAGGCCUGGCUUCUCCCUCGAUUACGAACCCGCCGUCAUCCCGCAGACCCCCGUCCAGACCACUACAACUUUCAACGACCUACCGCACAGUGAUCGCCGCAACUUCCUGCUGUUGGUAUUACUAUACUUUCUCCAAGGAGUGCCCAUGGGCCUGGCCACUGGCUCUGUGCCCUUCCUCCUCAAGCCAUAUCUCUCAUACGGCCAGAUUGGAGUCUUCUCGCUCGCCUCAUACCCAUACUCUCUCAAACUAUUCUGGAGUCCAAUUGUGGAUGCAGUAUGGAGCACGCGUUUCGGUCGCCGCAAGAGCUGGAUUACCCCAGUGCAGGUGAUUGCCGGACUAGCUAUGAUCUAUAUGGGAGGCCACAUUGAAAACAUGAUGGUCAAGGCCGGCGCGAAUGGCGGCGCGGGUGUCUGGACAUUCACAUACUGGUGGUUCAUGCUGGUUCUGUUCUGCGCCACCCAGGACAUUGCAGUGGAUGGCUGGGCUAUCACUUUGAUGUCCCCGCCGAACAUCUCCUACGCCUCGACCGCGCAAACGGUCGGAUUGACAGCCGGCCAUUUUCUGUCGUACACCGUGUUCUUGGCUUUUAACUCGAAGGACUUUGCGAACCGAUGGUUCCGAACCGUCCCUGGCGAGGGUGGCCUGCUAUCCCUCGGCACAUACCUUAGCUUCUGGGGCUGGGCUUAUCUGAUCGUGACCUGUGGCUUGGCUCUCCUGAAGAAGGAAGAGCGCACCAAGGAGCGUGAUAGUAUCAUGGAUGUCUAUAAGAGCAUGUGGAGUGUCUUGAAGUUGAAGAACAUUCAGACCAUCAUUCUGAUCCACCUGAUUGCCAAGAUCGGAUUCCAGGCCAAUGACGGAGUCACCAGCCUCAAGCUUCUGGAUAAGGGCUUCGGCCAAGACAACAUGGCCUUGGUUGUGUUGAUUGACUUCCCCUUUGAAAUCAUGCUGGGCUAUUACGCCGGUCAGUGGUCAACCAACUACGGCGCAAUGCGCCUCUGGGGCUGGGCAUUUAUCGGCCGACUGGCAGCCGCCGUGCUCGCCCAAUUGACCGUGAUGAUCUACCCCAGUGCUCCGGAAGUGCCGAUGUGGUACAUGCUUACUGUAAUUGGCGAGCAUGUCCUAUCAACCUUCAUGAACACCGUCAUGUUCGUCGCCAUCUCGGCCUUCCACGCGCGUAUUGCCGACCCAGCCAUUGGCGGGACAUACAUGACACUCCUCGCAACUGUCUGUAACCUGGGAGGAACCUUCCCCCGCAUCUUCGUCCUUAAACUCGUCGACAUGUUCACAGAAGCCACAUGUCUACCCCCGACCAUCGCCCCACCCACCGAUUCCCUCAAAGACGCCCUUGUCACAACGGCAUUCUCCUGCGCCCUCGAGCCAGAGAAGAACCGCUGCAUCAACGGUGGCGGUACCUGUCAGAUCGACCGUGACGGCUACUACAUGACCAACAUGCUUUGUGUGCUGAUCGGCACGCUUACAUUUAUAAUGUUUAUCAAACCGGCAGCACAGAAGUUGCAGGACUUGCCUCUUCGGGCUUGGCGGUUGACCACGAGUCCACAGCGGCAAUGA